UUUUGUUUUUUUGUUUUUUUUUAAUAAUUAAUGUGUGUUUGGAGCAAAAGAGAGGCAAAUUAAAUUAAAACUGAUGAAUAAAAGUGAAACGAGACAGUUUUUUGGUGUUGAGUUGAGUUGAGUUGAGUGUAUAUCGAUCAUGUGCAGUCACUUCUUGAAGAGGAUGGAGAAUUACCAGCAGGGCGAUUUGACUGACAUAUUAAGGGCCAGCGGCGGCAGCAAAACAGCAGCAGAAGAGGCCGCCGCCGCCGCACUGGCGGAUUGGCAGUUUCCAGCUGCCAACAACACCGUUGAUAAUAAUAUUAAUAAUUAUCCCACCGACGACCCGGUAGAUGUUUUCGGGGACCCGUUUAGCAGCCACAUGGGCGAUCCACUUCUUCUUCUUCACGGUAUCAACGCCGCCGCCACCGCCGUCCCGGCAUCUGGAUUAUUUCUCCACAGCAGCUCUGAAGAAACUGGAAAUAGCAGUAGUAGUACUGUAGGGUUUACUUCUAUUGAUGGAUUGAAAAGACCUAAUAAUAUGUUUUCAAGGAUGCUUCAGAUCGCACCUAACCCGAAAUUGCCGCUGCCACCGUGUGAUUCUCCGGCGGCUGAAUCGCCGAGGGGGUUAGUAAAGGCUCCUCCUGAUAAUAAUACUUUGAUCAUUUCCCCAAAUAGUUCCAAAUUAGGUUGCUUGUUGGAAAGCCCUGGUAAUUUGCAGAUCUCGUCUCCGCGAAAUACGGGCAUCCGGAGAAGGAAGAGUCAGGCGAAGAAGGUAGUGUGCAUACCUGCACCAGCGCCAGCAAACAGUAGAUCCAGUGGAGAAAUUGUUCCAUCAGAUCUUUGGGCCUGGAGAAAGUACGGCCAGAAACCAAUCAAAGGUUCCCCAUAUCCUAGGGGUUACUAUAGAUGCAGUAGCUCAAAGGGGUGUUCGGCCCGGAAGCAAGUAGAGCGGAGCCGAACCGACCCGAAUAUGCUGGUCAUCACCUACACUUCGGAGCACAACCACCCAUGGCCCACACAAAGAAAUGCUCUCGCCGGCUCAACCAGGUCCCAGCCCUCGUCUUCGUCCAAGAACAUUAACCCAUCAUCAUCAUCAUCUCAAAAGUCCACCAGAUCAAACCACCUGCAGAAACAUAAUCACCAUCAUCAAGAAGAGCACAAGCUGCUGGAGGAAGAAAGUAGUACUCGUGGUGGCGGUGGCGGUGAUGACACGACAGCAGUUGGUGGCGGCGGCGCCGUGAAAGAGGAGGAGAUGGAACAAGACUCGGACGAUCAUCAUCACUUGGAAUUUGACGAUAAUAAUCAAGGGUUUUCGCAUAUCUACAGGCCAACAUUGCCGGAUGCCGCCCACCAUUCCGAAGACAGUUUCUUAUUCGCCGAUCUCGGAGAAAUCGAGACCGACUCGUUGGAUAUCUUGCUGAAGCAAGGAUUCUCCGGCGAGGAUGAUGGCCCAGACAGCAAGUCUUUGGAUCCAUUCACCUUCUACGAUUGGGCAUCAACUGGAAACAACAACAACAUGAUCAGCACAACCACUACUUCUUCUCCCGCCACCGCCGCCGCCGGAGCAGCCACCACCACUACAUCUUAUGGAGAGCCAGCUAAUAAGAAUAACGAUCAUCCAUGAUAUGAUUCUCCGAUUCAACAACACAAGCCGGCGGGCCCCACUCAUCAUGAGAUAAAGAUAUAAACACAAAAGCAGCUAUUAUACAUUUCAUGUAUGUAUAAUUCAAGAAGCCAUGCAUACUGUGCAUGUGUGUAAGUUUUCGCCGCCGCACGUGGGGAAGUUUUUUCAUAAUAUUGAUUAAUUUUCUGUAGA